UUGUGUAUUGCUCAAUUAUUUUUAAAAGAAUAUCGAUAUAUGACUUUUCUGCUCUCUUUUGUUGUUAUCGGCUUUUCAAUAACAUAAUUAUUAACAAAAAAUUAAAGGAGUCCUUAUUGGUUAUAUUUACAAAAAUGACAAACUCAUGGAAAAAAUAUAUUUUAUGGUUUGCGCAAGAACAUUUAGAUUUCCGAGUUGCCGAAUUCAACUCCAUUGUUAAGUUAUUUGGAUUAAAACAUCGGAAAUUGAAUAAAAACUUAUUGAAACCCUUUUGGAUUGUCGAGUUUGUUAACGACGAAGCAGCACAUCAGUUUGCCUCUCGGUCUGUUACAUUACGUUGUAUUUAUGAGCUGUGGUCUCAUUCGGAUACUUAUAAAAACUUUCACGAAAAAUUACGGAGUCAUAUUGGAACUAGUGGCAAUGUUUUGGAGCCCUUUACAAAAUGUUCGUUCAAAAUCGUUGUGGAAACUUACAACAAACACAUAUCCCAAAAGGAUAAAGUUGAAAAAAUUGAGACCUUAGAUUACUUACCUUUCCAAGGGGAAGUGGACCUAAAAACACCUGAAGAAGAGUGGUGCUAUAUUGAGUUUUAUGGUCUCGACCCCAUGGCAGUGCCCAAAGAACCAGAGGAUAUACUAUUCGGUCGUCUGAUUGCCAAAGGUCAACGUGAACUUAUUAAGGAACUUUCCCUGAAAAAGCGUAAGUUUAUUGGUAAUACAAGUAUGGACGCCCAGCUAAGUCUUUUACUGGCAAAUCAAGCACUAGUUAAGAAGUUUGACUUGGUUCUUGAUCCAUUCGUUGGUACGGGAUCGUUGUUGGUGAGUGCUGCGAAGUUUGGUGGAUAUGUGUUUGGUUCGGAUAUUGAUUUCAUGAUGCUUCAUGGACGAUCACGACCAAGUCGAAUAACUCAGAAAACUCGUGAAAAAGAUGAGAGAGUACGUUCCAAUUUAGAGCAAUAUGGAUGUGGCGCUAGAUAUAUGGAUGUCAUAAUAUCAGAUUUCUCCCAACCCCUCUGGCGUGAUGGAUUAAAAUUUGAUUCAAUUAUAACAGAUCCACCUUACGGUAUUCGAGAAUCAACCGAAAAGGUCGAGUCAAAAAACACAUCAAAGCUAAAUACUCGAACUACAGACUUGCCGCAUUAUCCCUCAACUUCGCAUUACGCUUUACAACAACUUUAUGCCGAUCUCCUAAGCUUUGCUGCCCAACAUCUUAAGGUGGGUGGCCGAUUAGUCUGCUGGCUUCCGUAUCAUAGGGAAGACUACAGCAAUGAAAUAAUUCCAAGACACAGCGGUUUAGCUUUAGUAGCUAACUCAGAACAGCCGCUUUCAGGACUAACUUCCCGUAGGCUUCUAACCUAUGAAAAACUCGAGGACACCUAUGUACAAGAUAAUACCCAGUUGACAUGCAUUUUGCCGAAUGCAUACGACUUUCGAGACCGUUAUUUCAAUAAUGCAAUUGAAUCACGCGCAGAGAGGCGAAUGCGCAAAGUUGAACAACGCCAAAUUGGACGUACAGAGGCGUUAAAGAGAGGAAAGGUUAUUACUGAUAGCAAAGAGGCUAAAAAUAAUUUAAAUAAAGCACGUUUUAGUUAAUCAAACGAAAAGUAUUGUUUAUUAAACUUUUAGCCUGUCAGAAAUAUAUUUUAAGUAAAA